CACAUAAGCUUUAAGUCUUGUAACGAGUAAGGCAUAACAUUUUUGGCAUUUGCUAGUUAACUAAAACAUAUAAUAGCUAGCGCAUGCAAUGAAGGUUCAUGAGUUUUCUAAUGGCUUUUCUUCUUCUUGGGAUCAACAUGACUCAACAUCAUCUCUUAGCCUAAGCUGCAAGCGGCUAAGGCCUCUCGCGCCGAAGCUUUCGGCCGGGAGCCCUCCUUCCCCUCCUUCUUCUUCCUCCGGAGUCACUUCCGCAACUUUUGAUCUCAAAAGCUUCAUUAGACCAGAUCAAACUGGUCCAACCAAAAAUGAACACAAACGAGACCCUCCUCAAUUGGAGACGCACCCGGGAGGGACAAGGUGGAACCCGACUCAAGAACAGAUAGGGAUACUUGAGAUGUUGUACAAAGGUGGAAUGCGUACUCCAAAUGCUCAACAGAUCGAGCAUAUAACCUCGCAACUCGGUAAGUACGGGAAAAUCGAAGGGAAGAAUGUUUUCUACUGGUUCCAGAACCACAAAGCCCGGGAGAGACAGAAGCAGAAGAGGAACAAUCUUAUCAGCCUAAGUUGCCAAAGCAGCUUCACGACCACUAGUGUCUCUAACCCGAGUGUAACAACAAAGAUAAGAACAUCAUCGUCACUAGACAUCAGGAGAGAUUCAAUGGUGGAGAAGCAGGAGUUAGUGGAAGAGAAUGAGUACAAGAGGACAUGUAGGAGCUGGGGAUUUGAGAACUUGGAGAUAGAGGGAAGAAGAAACAAAAAUAAUAGUACUAUGUCAACUACUUUUCAUAAAAUCAUUGACAAUGUAACCCUCGAGCUGUUCCCAUUGCACCCUGAAGGUAGAUGAGGAUGAUCAUGCAGAAGAUUGUGGAAUUCUUAUGUAGAUCUGGUUUAGGUUGAGAGGAAGCAAGAUUGGUAUCUAGAAAAAUUCUAAAGAAAAAUAAACAUAAUAAUAAGUUUCUAAAACUACAAAAUCUACUUAAGAAUUCCCUUAUUAAUCUGCGAGUCUGAUGUAUCAUUGUAGAUUUUUUUCUGAUUUAAUCUUAAUGAUGAAUGCUUAGUUUAGCUCCAUUUAUUUUCGUCUUUUGUUCUUGACUUAUUCACUCGUGACUCGUGAUUAGUUGU